AUGACGUCUUUGGCAACACCGUCAUCAUCCAGCGUGUUUGUGAUACCUUCAUCCUCAGUGGCCACCACACCACCUUCAACCACAAGCACCACACCAUCACCUACGACAACAACUAUGACCACGACUGACCAAACGCCCACCACCCUCGUCACUCCUGACACCACCACGAUCCCCAUCACCUCUACCACGCCGAUAACGACGACCGACGACGUCACGACAAGCGAAAACACUGGUGGGAGCGGAUCAACUUCAGACACGGUGGCAGACACAACGACAGAGGUCACUACCACCUCGCCAGUGACCACAGACUCGAGUGGCAGUGGCGACUUGUUCACAACAACAUCUUCAGAGCUGACGACAGAGGACUUGACAACAUCUGAGUUUGAUUUCAGCGGCAGCACCUCGACUGAGACUCUGAGUUCAAGCACCACCGACACCAUAACCACCGAUUCAAUCACCACCACUACCGCUACUACCGGUUUGGUCACUACGCUCCCGCUCACCACCACUGCCACUACCACUACCACUGAAACUGGAAGUGGAGAGGUCAACACCACCUCCGCCUUCCCAGAAACAACUACUUUUGUUAGCUCGACAACCAGCAAUGUUUCAACUAGUCCCGAUUCAACUCAAACAACACCGGCGCCGUUCACGACGACCAGCCUGCCGGGUACAACUUCGCCCUCAACAUCCUCGGGACCUGGAAGCGGUGAAACGACCACAACAACUGCACCAACAACGAGCACAUUGCUUACAACGACAGAUGACAGUAGUGGCCAAUCCACGUCGACUACCUUUCCAUCAUCCAACUUGACAACAACCAUCUCAACAACCACAGAAAAUGUUACUUUGGCCACAACCACGCCCGUAACAACCACGGACACAACAGCCACAUCAACAGCCACAUCAACAGCCACAUCAACAGCCACAUCAACAGCCACAUCAACAGCCACAUCAACAGCCACAUCAACGGCCACAACAACGGCCACAACAAGAGUCACAACAACGGCGGUAAACUCCACCUCCAUUACAACCGCCUCGACGCCUUCUACGACCGAAAAUGUAACAACCACAGACUUUCCCGUCACCACAACAUCCUCUGUUCCCGUCACGUCUUCUGCCAACAUCACGACAACCAUCGCGCCAUUAACAUCGACUACGCCCGUCCAAACUACGACGACGGUUCUGCCCACUUGUGCCAACACAACGCAAUACCUCAACCUCAGCACUGGACUCUGUGUUAAUCUGACGGAAUGUGGCAGUGGCACAUUUGAAGCUUCGCCGCCUUCAGUGACCAGCAAUCGCAUUUGUUUGACAUUGACGACGUGCAAUGCAAGCAAUGCAUAUGAGAUUGCAGCACCCACGCCGACGAGCGAUCGGCAAUGCCAGGGGGCAUCUAUCUGUACAGAAGCCGAGUAUAUUGCCACACCGCUGUCCGCGACGAGCGACCGCGUUUGCCGUCCCUUGACAACUUGUUCUCCCAGCGAAGAGCAGUUUGAGGCUACAGCUCCAACUGCAACUAGCGAUCGUUUUUGUGCAAAUGCAACACAGUGUCAAGCUUGGCAAUACCAGACAUCACCGAUCGGCGUGAGCAAUGAUCGCAGCUGUGCCAACAUUACUGUUUGUACAGAAGGACAGUUUGAGAGCGGCAUGCCCUCGAGUACCACAGAUCGCGAGUGCAGCAACGCAACCACGUGUCAUAUCAGCUGGCAGUAUGAAGCGACGCCGUUGAGUCCCACCGCAGAUCGUGUUUGUACUCCAGUGACCAACUGCAGUGCCACUGAGUAUGCCUCGGUAUUGCCCACAGCGACAACAGACCGCGUGUGCACAAAUUACACGGUUUGCUCAGAUUAUGAGUUCAUGUCGACCAUGCCAACUAGCACAUCUGACCGUGAAUGCAGCUGCGGGUUCUUGGACAGUGAAGGGGAAUUGCGGAUGUCGUUGACCUUUACUGGGGUGCGAGAUGCUCUGGCUAGUGCCAAUCAAAGCGUAAUCGAUGCUUUUCACCAGGCCGUUGCAGAGGCGCUCAUUCAAGAGACCGCCGUGCAAUUUUUGACCCGCGUUUCGGCAGCUCAGCUUGCCAGCAUAGACAGCGUGGAGGAUGCGCGAGCCCUCAACGGUCUUAACUUGACUGUUGACCUUGAAGAUCCAAACUUGACUUCUCUGGAUGUGGACCGCAUUCUAAAGUAUUUUUCACUCGAUGCCUGCUUUAUUACAAAUCUCACGGGCACACCAACAGCCAGUGCCAGUCAGCGCCGACGACGCGAUGUGAGUUCGGAGGUCAAUUUCGAUCUGAGUGUGUUGCCAAACAUUCUUGCGGACCUGGCGUGCUUGGUAUACGAUACCAACGCUGAAUUUUCGGGUGCGGUGCUUGAUGCCGUUCGCCAGUCACAGAUGGCGUUUGUUCAAGAUGGCACUGAGAUUUCCAACCUGGCCGUGACCAAUGCGGCGGGUAAUUGUUUGUGUGGAUGCCCUUCGACCACGAGGGCCGGUGAAGGGGAGAGUGGGAGCAAUUUGCCUUUUGCCAGCAACGUUCCAAUGUGGUUGGCCACGUUGGCUGUGCUACUGGCAUUGAUCCUUGGGCUUGUGAUGUUGGUAUUCCUGCGGCGUCGGCCAUCUGCCGAUGCUGCCGUUCUCAAAGAUACUUCCUAUAUACAGCCUCCAAGUGCUUUGCCGGGCUACAUCGAGCCACCCAAGUAUCCCUUUUUCAUGAAUCACGAGCCCCUUCAAUCAAAGACAGCGCCCGAGUACCAACCACCGCCCCCGUGGACGCCCCGCCUGGGUGGAGACGCCGAAUUCGAAGAGUGGCCCAAUGACGACGAUCCCCUCUAUGACUUUGCCGACAACACGCCGCUACCUGAUUACGAGCAGCCGCCAGAAUAUGCCACGGUGCAUGACUAUGACUUGGUGGAUCCGGAGGAUUUGUUUUUGGAUGUGGAUGGGUCUGUGGCCACGUCCUUUUUCAACGUUUCCGGCACAGAAGAUGAGUUAUCCCUGUACAGCGAUGCAACCUCCCUACGAGAUGACUAUACGUUACCCUCGGAUCUUUUGGAUGAUUACUUGGAGCCCCCCAUGAUGGACUUUGGUCCUCGCUCAACAACAAUUCCCGCCUAUGAAGAUGCGCCAGCCUUUCCCUUCAAACAAUGAUGAGCAGCUGAAUACUUACAUUAGCAGAUAGAACAAAAGGAACAUAAAAAUAAUGACUCCGUUUUGGUGAUUUUUAAAAGACUUUGACUAUUAUCGGUUCUGCAGACGACGAGACGCAUGAUGUCUUGCACUGCCAUUUGAGCUUUGUGAAAGUGUUUGGUGCAUCAAGCUUGGAUGAUGAUUAUGCCGUGUAUGCACGAAACCGGUCCAGGGUGUAGAAAACAAGGUUAGAUUGGCGUUUGUUUCCUCAACUUCAGUCAGACGUCAUCUUGCUGCUGGCGCUUCUGCACCCCACCUCAUGUACAUGAAUGUGAAUUGAAGAAUCAAUCG